AGCUGGGGUUGGGAUUACGUUUUCCAACCAUUCAAGGACUGAGGACCGCUGCCUGCUGUGGAGCCCGAAAAGGCAUUGAAUGCUUACUGAGAACUCAUCAUGUAUACAGAGCUAAUGUUCCAUUUCCCAUUACAGGUGAUAGACAGAGCAAAACUUUAAGAAAAAAUGGACGUUAAAGUCACAGAUUCAGUACUUGUUAAGCCUGUAAAAUCCACUCCACAUCACAAACUGUGGGUCUCCAAUAUAGAUUUAGUUAUGGUUAGAUUCCAUUCUGCAAUUGCUUAUAUUUACAGAAGCCCUCCCAAUGGAGAUUCCGAUCAUGUGGCUGAAAUACUGAGAGAUGCGCUUUCUAAGGUGUUGGUGGAUUUUUAUCCACUGGCGGGCAGAUUGAUUCUGGACGCCUCUGGUAGAAUUGCUGUUGACUGUAAUGGCGAGGGCGCUCUAUUUGUGGAAGCAGAGACCGACUUUACAAUCGAUGAUUUUGGGGAUUUCACCUCCCCUUCACAACUCACCACUUUGGUUCCCUCUGCUACUUACGAGAAUGGCUUCACUACAUUUCCUCUGCUUAUGGUUCAGGUAACCAAGUUCAAAUGUGGAGGGGUGGCUUUAGGAACGGGGAUACAACAUAUCUUAUCAGAUGGUACAUCUUCUCUACAUUUUGUUAACAGCUGGUGUGAUGUAGCUCGUGGAUUGCAGUUACAUUUGCUUCCUCAAAUAGAUCGGACACCACUUCGAGCUCGAGAUCCUCCCAGGGUGAGCUUUUCUCACGAAGAAUUUGUACCACCUCCAACCCUUCUCCACCAAGAAAAUCAUAUUCUGCAAGAAGAGUCAAAUAAGGUCUUAUUUGGAAGGUUCAAUCUUAGUAAAGAGCAAGUUAAAUCCAUAAAAGAUAAGGCAAGCGAGAACCCUCUUAACAAGACUUACUCCACCUACGUAAGCCUGGCAGCCCAUAUUUGGAAAUGUUGUACCACAGCGCGAGGUUUACUAGAAAAGCAGAGAUGCAAACUCUACAUUCCUGUAGAUGGGAGAGACCGUCUGUGUAAACCACCAUUGCCUCGUGGGUAUUUUGGCAAUGCCAUUUUUAUGGCCACCCCAAUAGAGACCGCAGGAGAAAUUGUCUCCAAUCCUUUGUGGUACAGCGCUGGAAAAAUUCAGGAGUCGAUAGGGAAGAUGGAUGAUGAAUAUCUACGGUCUGGGUUGGACUUCCUGGAGUCACAACCAGAUUUGAAUGCUUUUGUGAGAAGCAGGAAUGUAUUUAAUUGCCCUAAUAUGGUUAUCAAUAGUUGGACGUCUUUGCCAUUUUAUGAUGCAGAUUUUGGUUGGGGAAGGCCAACUAUGCUGGGACCUGCGGAAAAUCCUCCAGACGGACUCUGCCGCAUUUUGCCAAUCCCUACAAAUGAUGGGAGUGUGUCCGUUUGCCUGGGAUUACUGAAUGAUCAUCUGGUUAAAUUUGGCAAGCUACUUUAUGAGUUUUAAAAGAUAAGAUGUAAAAGAUUUUAAAUUCACUACUAUAAAAUUUGGCUACUACCUGUUAUUUGAUAUUUUAAUUU